AGACUAGGAGGAAUACGAUCCAAACGACCACGACCGAUCGUUGUGAAAUUUAAGGACUACGCAGAUCGUGAAAAGGUCAGGCAAAAAUCGUAUGAGCAUGAUAUUAAAAUCAACCUUAAAGCGCAGCAGCAAGGCAUCGGUAUCCAAACCCCCCAACCUUACAGGGAAGCUAGGAAAGCAUUCACAGACUUUAUUGCUAGCGAAAAUAUAGACGAAGGAACAGCAAGAAUAUCUGGAACAAAAUUGUAUAUCAACAAUAAAAUCAGUAAGAAGUAUGUCAACGGGAAAAUUGUAAUUCAUAAUACAUACUAGGAAAGCCGUGAGAAGGAUAUCAAUGAUAUUAAAAUACUUUCAUGGAAUAUUCAUGGAUUAGCAAGGAAGAUAAGUGAUAUCGAUUUUAUUAAUAUUAUUAGCGAUUAUGACUUGAUAUUUCUUUCUGAAACGUGGUUAUCGAAAAAUGCACAUUUAAAUUUGGAUAUAACUGGAUAUCAAUGUGUUCAUCUAUAUGGAAAUAAAACCCGGAAUGUUCGAAAAGGCAGGUUCAGCGGUGGUAUAUCAAUCUACUAUAGACAAUCCCUAAAUAAGUAUAUAAACAUUAUAGAAACUCAUCAAAAUGGAAUAGUAUGGAUAGAACUUUUACAAAAUUUAUUUGAUUUCAGUGAUAAUGUGUAUUUAUGUUGUACUUAUAUGCCGCCUUCAAAUUCAAGAGUUAUAGACACUAAUAAUUUUGAUUUUUUCGAAGAGAUCGAGUCUGGCU